AUGUCACCGAACAGACGUCUUCCUGAACGGCACAACCCUCUGUUACUCGAGGAUGUGCCGCCUCACAGCGAACUGGUCAGUCGUCGCCGGCUCGGCCAAACCCAGCUGACGGCGCGCAUGGUCGCCGCAGUCGCCGGUGGAGAAGUAGACAAGUCGACGCUCGGCGCGUUUGAUUACGCGCACCUGCGGGCUCCGCUGCCCAAGGGCAUCGUGUCGGGCAUCUUCAAGUCGUCCCCCCCGAGCUACUUCCUCAUGCGGCGCAGCCAGGACGGCUUCGUUUCUGCCACCGGCAUGUUCAAGGCUACGUUCCCCUAUGCGACGCAAGAGGAGGAGAACGCGGAGCGGCUGUACAUCAAGUCGCUCCCGACAACAAGCCCUGACGAGACCGCCGGGAACGUGUGGAUUCCGCCCGAGCAGGCUUUAACUCUGGCCGAGGAGUACAACAUCUUGCCCUGGAUCCAAGCGCUUCUUGAUCCCGCCGAUAUCGCUGCCACCGCCGGCGCAGACAGCGGCCCGCCCAAGAAAAUCACCGCGCCGCCCAAGUUUUUCUCUGGCCAACCGACGCUUGUCCCCCCGGCUCCCACUUCUACGCGCGCCUCCCGCAGUCGCCGCUCCGCUAGCCCGGCCAAGUCAACAACCAGCAAACGCCCCAUUGCCAGCCCCCGGAAGCGGAGGGUUGCCUCUUCGCAGUCGUCAAUUGCCACCGACAGUCUCCCGCCGAGUACUGGAGAUUCGGUUUCUCCCACCCUCGUCAACGGAGAGUUGUCAUUCCAGUCUCAACUCUCGGCCGUGUCCAAGAUUGCCAAGAUUGCCAAGGUAGAAGAGACCACCGAGGCUGACCUAAAGAUUGAAUCCAUCGAGAGGGAGCCAGCCGUUGUUCUCCAGCCGGUAGAAGAAGAGCCCAAAAUCAAGGUUCACGUCGAUCAGGAUGUUAAAGUUGACGCGGAGGGCGAUGAGGUCCAGCACACCAAGGUCGAGGUCGAAGUUCCCCUCCUCAAUGGCGAGCUCCCUUCGGCUGAUGAUGCAGCAAAGAUGGUCGCCGAGGCCAAGGCCAUGGUUGAAGCUGCAGUCAAGGCCAACAACGAGGUCGUCGGUUCUGCUUCGGGCAGCGGCAAAGGCAAGCGGAAAGCUGACGAUAUCGCUCAAGACGAAGAGGGCGAGGAGAAGGAUGAGAGCGCUGUGGAGUCGCCCAAGGCGAAGAAGGUCAAGACAGAGGCCGAGCUACGCAAGGAGAAGAUCCGUAAAAGAGCUUUCUUUGGCCUCACUGCUACAGUUGCUGUGGGUGCUUUUGGUGCCCUCCUCCCGGUGAUUGCGCCAUACGUCACAAAUGCCCUAUAG